AUGGCAAACAAAUCAACCCCAGAUCUCCAUUCUCCCGAUUGCACCUCUCCGUCUGCGUCUGCAUCUGGCCCCUGUAACACCGACAGGCUACGCAGUUGUAUGCUCUGCCGUCAGCGUAAAGUCAAAUGCGAUCGCCAGCAGCCUUGCUCCAACUGUCUUCGUUUCGAGCUAGAUUGCUCGUACCCAGCCGGCCGGGGAAGAGCUAAACGGCGUCUUCCCCUUGUUGAUCGAUUGCAGAGACUCGAAGACACCAUCAGGAAACUGGCCAGUCAGGUUGAUGCCUCAAAUAAUACAGACGGAGCUUCCCCUGCGACCGAAGUUGGGCCGCGUCACGACCACAGACGAGGGCAUCCUUCCCCCUCCAACUGCAACGGCUCGAGCCCAGAUGCUUCCAUUGACCAGCAACUCGGCCGUCUAAUGAUAGACGACAGCAAGAGUUACUAUAUCAGUAACAUCAUGUGGGCCAACUUGGGUAAUGAGAUCGAAGAAUUGCGCGACUUGUUGCACGACCCUGUCUCGGACGAUGAAGACUACGUCCCCGCCGACGGAUACAUACCCGAAGCAGUUUCACCAUUUGGAACAAGCGCUGCUGUGCUGGGCUUCCGCUCCCUUGGCCAUUCUCUUCGGCCAUACCAUCCACCCAUGCAGAUGUCUGUGGCUCUGUUGACAAUCUUUCGCGAGAAUGUACUUCCUCUGGUGCACAUCUUCCACAUGCCCACCACCGAGCAGUGGUACUGGGAUACAGUUGUAUCGCUAGAUUCGCUUAACAAAAACACCGAAACGCUGCUGUUUUCUAUUUAUUACUCUGCCAUUAUCAGCAUGGACGAGACUCAGUGUCUUGAUAUACUGGGUUCAACACGCUCCGACUCCCUCGACAAGUAUCGCUUCGCAGUUGAGCAAGCUCUGGCUCGAGCCAACCUUCUUAACACGCAGAGUUUCGUUCUCCUUCAGGCAGUUGUGCUAUUCUUAUCGGGCCUGCGUAACGAGGAUGAUUCAAGAACGACGUGGUCCCUUACGUCGCUCAUCUUUCACAUUGCCCAGGCGAUGGGUCUCCACCGCGACGGAACUACAUUUGGACUUAAGCCACUCGAUAUAGAACUACGCCGGCGUCUGUGGUGGCAUAUUUGUCUUCUCGAUAUGCGCUCCUCUGAAUUUCACGGUUACGAGCCUAUAGUUCACGAGGGUAUGUUUGACACAAGACUUCCCUUGAACAUCAAUGACAGCGACAUCAGUCCUCUUAUGACACAAUCUCCCCCAGAGCAUCAAGGAGCUACAGAAAUGACAUUUUGCCUGGUCCGUUGCGAAGGCAUGAGAGCUGGGUGGAGGGUCGGUUACGCGUCGCCAACGCCAAGUGCCACAGCAGACGGCGCGCUGGAAGAUCGUGAAGCAGUGGUCCAAGAUCUCAAAACCCGCUUGGAGACCCAAUACCUACGCCAUUGCAAUGAAUCAGUACCUUUUAUGCUAUUCACAUCUACCGUCGCGCGUCUCAUUAUUGCACGCACCUGGCUCGCAGUUCACUACCCCAGCAAGCAGAAGCCAGAGUAUAGCUCGACUCUGAGCAAAACCACUCGAGAUUUGCUAUUUUCCACGUCGACUGAAGUUCUUGAACUUUCAAGCUUUCUCUUAGACAACAACAGAAUCUCCAAGUGGACGUGGCACUCCAAAACCCACAUACAGUGGCAUGCAGCCAUAUUUGUUCUCUCCGAGAUCUGCACCCGCCCCUCAUCUGCGAUAUGUGAUCGAGCCUGGGAGUGUGUGAGCAUCGUGCACAACCGAUGGAAUGUAAAGGAAAGUGGGAAGCGAGGCAAUCUAUGGAGACCCAUAAAGCGUUUAAUGGCAAAGGCACGUUAUGUGCGUGAGAUGCAGCAGACUGACCCGACAUUUUGUCACUUAGGACCCGCUGCACUAAUACCUUCCAAUACUACGUCAACGCCAAAUGUAGCUACAGGCCUGCAGCCAGGUGCCUUCCCAAGUUAUUUACACAACAUCCCCGGUACCGGGACUUCAGAUGAGUAUAUUGAUUGGAUGCUUGGGGAUCUGGGCAUAGACAUGUAUGGCGGGAUGGCAGAGGGGUUCGAAAAUUUACAAUAG